AUGUUAGACCCUUCGGCGAGUAGGCGUCAACAGCACAUGGACUCGUCCGCUGUUUACUCCCAUUCCCGCACCCGCACCGUCUCCUCAAAUACCUUCCCUCUCGCUAUCCAGAGCCCGACACCGAUGCAUCUGGCCCAGGCCCAAGGCAACCCUCAACAACAUACCCGCCGAUCGCCCUCGGUGAAUACCUUUAGUACAGCUUCGAGCGUGGCUCCUCCCGCCGCCUACCGUACAUCUCCCACCAACGAUCUCCGUCGCUCUACUUCGUCGAGAUCCGGAGGUGGCAGCCCCCAGCCCACGGGCUACGUUGCUCUCCUCCGCAAGCAAAAGGCCACCGUCUGGUGCGAUCGUGCCCAAUAUGAGGAUCCCCGUCUGCUAGCUCAGCAGCGCGCUGCCAAGAUGCGUGCUACACUCGAGGUCAUAGGUGGCCAGCGCCCAUCUUCCGGCUUGUCCGCUCCAAGCGGCAGGACCAGCACCGGCAUCUCUGCUACUGGCAAGGUAGCCGCAAAAAUCCGCCAUCAUGGCAAGCCUGCAGUCGUUGGCUACGCCCCUGGCGAGCAUCACAUCGGUGUCGGCGGCGUGCCUAUGCGUCUUUCUGCCACCGAGGUCGAGGCCGAGAGCAGCGACGACGAUGACCCCCGCCUACACCACCGCCGCACCGGCAGCAGCGGCCGCAGCAGUACCGCGAGCCGUCGCGGUCCCGGCUACAGGACGUCUACCGGGCUGGGCAGCGGCAGCGGCAGAAGAUGGAGCCCUGGCGACACCCCCGAGAGGUCCGGCAGCCUGGUCGAAGAAAAGGAGGACACGCUGGGCGACAACGCUAGCGGCAAGGCCAUGACGACGGGGUCGUCUGGCAGCAGCGCCGAGAGGGCGGAUAACUUGGGAGAGUUGGGCAACAACGCGGCACGGCUGGCCAGCAACUCGCUGAUGCACUCCAACAUUACCCGCGAGAAGAGCGUCAAGGGCGCCGAUGAUCUCCGUAGGAGGGGAAGCGUCGACGAGCGCACCACGACGCUUACGGGAGGCCGUCUUUACAUUGCCAACCCCGAUUAA